AUGGUGGACUUCAAUGACUACAACGACAUUGAGUUAGAGGAGACAGAAAAAACGUAUCCUCAAUAUGACGACCUCAAUUAUGAUGACCUAACGACAGCUUUUAGUAGGUUAGAUACAAGGGUGAGGGGAGAGGCUAUGUAUGGUGAUGACCCUAUAGUAAUAACCAAUCUUAAAAGUGAACUGGACUAUGUAAAGAAUCUUAUGGAGAGACAUGCAAUAGCAGAAACAACUUUCACCGAAGGAAAUGACGAUACAGUGAACAUUUCAGGACCAUCAGGAAGUACAACCGUCCCAGGGGUAGAUUUUGUGGAAGACCCAAACAAUGUACUUCCUGAUGUGCUAGAUGCAUUCAACGAAUCAUUUGACGCUGACUGGGAUGAAAUAGAAGCCCGCCUAGAGAGACUAAAUAAGAUUUCAACAGCAAAUAAAAAGAGAGAUUUCGAAAACCAAGUAGAGCGUGUUCAAGCUGUCGCGAGAGUUAUCAAGGGUAAGGAGGGACUAAUACUAGACCCUAAGAAUAAAUACGUCAGGGAACUCAUCAAGAGAUCAUCUGUAAGAACACUCAAGGAUGGCACAGAGGUGUUGGUAUUUAGAAGUGAACAAGGUAUUGACAAAAGUGGCACACAAAUAAUGAAACGUGGUAAGACCGGUAAACCCGUGUACUCUAAGAACUCCAUUGCAUUAAGAGAAUAUAAGGACCUUCUAAAGAAAAUAAAAGAGGUACCUAUGAAUCCCGACAACAUAAUUGGAAGUGAUGAAUCAAUUUACAAGGAUACCAGAGAAGAGCCGCAAUUUGAUGAAAGUAGUGAGGAAUACGCUGACCGUAAGAACAUAGAGUUAAUAGAUAUAAGUGCACAACUAGGAGAUCUUCCAGGGCUAACAAUGCAGGAAAACAAUGAACUGAGAGGUGUUCUUAACCCACCUGAUGGAUCAAGCAUAGAAGGCAGAACAGGUCCCAAUGGCGCGUUACAAAUUCAGGCUGACUACUUUAAUGAAGCUAUUGGUGAAACCGUGGAACGCGCCACAUCUGCGGAAGGUACAACUGAGUAUAAUUCCCUCCUAGAAAGAAUUGACAGUUUGAAGGAAGCCAGGGAUAGGACACUAGAGCAGAGAACUGUAGAGGAAGCAAGAGAGGCACAGUUGGAAGAUAUUUCUAGAUUACGUAGAUUUAUAGACUGGGUAGGAAAGGAAAAAGUGGGACUUGUAGGGAUAGCAGUGUCAACAGCUAGUUUAAUUACAGCCUUAUUAAUCCAUGCUAGGGGAGCCAUUGUGAAGACAGCAAAGGCCACUGGUAAAGUAGCAAAAGCAUUAGCAAAUUUAGCAAAGAAAGCAGGACCAAUUCUAGUUCCAAUCCUGAACACCAUUGCAACGGCGCUGUCGUGGGGAGCCAAAGGAAUUGCUUGGUUAGCGUCACACUUAUGGGUACUAGCUAUAGCUGCAGCCUUAAUGGUAUACAACUAUUACACAAAGUAAAUUAACAAUGGAGGAAUACGAUAACCGGAGAACGGAGGAGUUGAAUGAAAAGUAUCCGAACUACGAAGAAACUCCAGAUAGCGAAUUACCGUACCUUGAUAAUGAUCUUAGGGAAAGUGAAACUCCUGAGGAGACCCAGGAAAUUAAUUACGUACAGGACCUUACGCGAGAGCAAUUAGCUGAGAAAUUCCCUGACCUAUCUAAUCUGUCAUACGAUGAUCUAAUGGAUAGAGGAGACAGACUGUUAAAUGAAUUAAUACUAUCCGAUUUGGAUGAACACAGUUUCAAAGAAAAGUCGGAAGAACUGAGAUACGUCAGAAUGCUAUCAAAUGAUUACCAAAGAGAGUCAAACUUAAAUAAACUUCUCAACUUAAGAGACAAAGUGAAAAAGAGGGAUCUCAUUAAACGGGAUGAUCGUAGGAGACUGCAGAGGCUCAGGUUAUGGGCAAGGGAGAAUGCAGGCAUCUUAUCAGCUGUUCUAAUUUCCUCAUCAGCUGUAAUCAUAGGACUGGUAGCAUCAACUAGAAACAUAAUGUGGAAAGUAGGUGACACAACAGAAAAGCUCGAUAAGCGGAUUAGUGAGUUGGUAAACAACCGAAUAGAACUACCACCUAUAUUCCAGAAGAUAGCCGGUGGAGUAGAGUUAGCAGCGGAUAAUAUAUGGAUAAUCAUUGUUUGUGCAGCAGUAGUUUUACUAUACAAAUACAACUAA